AUGGGUUUAUCCUGUGGAGCAAGAGCAUUAAAAUUUUCUUUAUUCAUUUUUAAUCUUGCUUUUCUAUUUUGUGGUAUUGUAUGUGUUUGUUUAGGAAUAUGGUUAAUUCUUGAUAAAUAUGCUGUUGAUAAUCUUGCUGCAGCAACAGCCAAAAUGAAAGGUUAUGAAAAAGACGAUGGAUUAAGAGAUUUGGCUACCAAACCAACAGCUGUCCGUCAAAUCGGAUAUUUAUUAUUAUUUGGAGGCAUUGUUGUCAUUGUCGUAGCAUUCCUUGGUUGUUGUGGAGCCUUCAAAGAAUGGAGACCUUUAUUGUGUUGUUAUGCAACAUGUCUGAUGAUAAUAUUGGCAACAGAAAUAGCAGCUGCUAUAUAUGCUGCAAUGCAUUCACAUAUGUUUUCUAAAGAUUUUAGACAAAUUCUUCAUGCAUCUUUAAAAAUGUAUAAUGGUACUGAGAUUAAUGAUAGUUAUGAAGAUGAUACAGUUCUUGUUAAACAUGCAUGGGAUAAAAUUAUGAUAGAAAAACAAUGUUGUGCUGUUGAUUCUAAAAUUGGAGAAUUUAGAGACAGUGGUUGGUAUACUUUUAAUAAUAAAAAAUAUGAAUUUCCACCAGCUUGUUGUCCACCUGGUAGAAAUGGUAAACUUUUACCAUACUGUCCUUCUAUUUCACGAUAUGGAGAUGGAUGUUAUGAAAAACUUAAAGAAUCAUUAAAUGUACUUAGCCAUCAUUUUAAAGUUGUUGCGUGGACAGCGGUAUUUAUCUCCUUAAUUCAAGUAUUUGGUAUAAUUGUUGCUUUUUGCCUUUGUGAUUCUAUUACUGGAGAUGAAACAUACUAA